CUCAGGUCGAAUUUCUCCUCUCACGAGGGAAGUUGUUACAAGCAGGCUUUUAGCCUUCAAGUCUAUCAAUGGAGAAGAGCCGAACAAUCAGUUAGAGUCUGCCACGCAAAUGCAGCUUGCUUUACAAGGACAACACUCGCGUGGAGGACAACCUUCAACGGGACCGGCGCCGGCGUUCGAUCCGCUUGGUGCCGAGUGCCGUUUUCCUCUCCCUUAGAAAAUGGGCACCUAUGAUGGACAGUCUUGGUCUUGCAGCUAAUUAGAGAUGCUACAC